UCGUCUCGACGACUUCUGCAACCAUAUUAGCAAUUUCAAUCUUUCAAUGUUUCAUGGAAGACCAAUUCAAGCAUAAAAUUCCACACUGUUUAUCCUGGAAUUAGCACUAUGUUUGCUAAAAAAAAACAGUAAUCAUAUAUAUGCAAGUAAUGUUGUAAAGUUUCUGUAUCUGCGCUACACAAUCAAAAUCCAGUCAUGUACUCUUCUCAUUCUACAGCUAAUAGAGACCAAAGGCAUAGGCUCUUGUUUCCUCUGCUCAUCUUCUACUUGCUAUUCAAUUUCUCCUAUGCAGUUGAAGCUGAAGAUGAAAAAAAUGUCACCAACAUUGGAGCAAUCAUUGAUGUUAAUUCCCGUAUCGGCAAAGAACAGAAAGCUGCUAUGGAAGUUGCAGCUGAAAACUUCAACAAACAGUCAGACACUCAUGAGCUAAUCCUUCAUUUUCGAGAUUCUGGCCGCGACCCUUUUCUUGCUGCUUAUGCUGCUAAACAUUUGAUAAAGGAACAAAAGGUACAAGUGAUAAUUGGCAUGGAGACUUGGCAGGAGGCUAUUACAGUAGCUGAUGUAGUCCAUAACCAACCUGAAAAAAUUCCGGUCAUUUCCUUUGCAGCACCAACCAUAACCCCGCCGCUAAUACAACGCCGUUGGCCUUUCUUGAUAAGAAUGGCAAGCGAUGGUGCUGCUCAGAUGGAAUGCAUUGGAGAUAUAGUUAAUGCAUACAACUGGAAAAGGGUUGUUGUAAUAUAUGAAGAUAAUGGUUAUGGUGGUGGUAUGGGGAGGCUAGCUCUUUUAUCUGAGGCUCUAAGAAAUGUUGGUUCUAAGAUUGAGCAUCGUAUAGUUCUCCCACAACUUUCUGAGUCUGAUACAAAUUGGGAUGAACUAAAGAAGCAGCUGUUGGAGAUUCCCUAUGUAAAUUCUCGGGCAUUUAUAGUUCUUCAGUCAUCUUUACCAACAGUAACUGCUCUGUUCAAAGUGGCUAGGAAGAUGGGAUUUGUAGGAGCAGAUUCAGCUUGGAUAAUCACAGAGAGUAUUGCUAGUUUGCUUGACCCUCAGGGCAACUAUGAUAUGGAUGGUACACUGGGAAUGAAGACUUACUAUGACAGGGAUACUACUCAUACUAGUAGUUAUGCCAGAUUUCAGAAAGAAUUCCAAACAAAGUAUUCAGAAGAAGAUUACUCUAAGCCAGGAAUUUAUGCUCUUCGAGCAUACGAUAUUAUUUCAAUCGUCACACAGGCCAUAAGUAGAAUGCCUAAUACUACUCUUCAAGAGUCAUUAGCUACAAUUUUGAGCAAUUAUUACAAGGGUUUAAGCGGGAAAAUGCAACUCAAAGGAGGUGCGGUACUGCUGGAUUCUCCGAGAUUCAGGAUCAUAAAUAUUGUGGGUGGGAAGACAGAUAACGAAUUAAACUUUUGGAUACCAGACUUUGGAUUUUCAGAAAGCCUUGAAAAAGUAUCAGACAAAUACAGAAGUAAUGAUGGUGUUGGCAAAGUCAUUUGGCCAGGGAAUCCAACACUGCCCUCCAAAGGCUGGGCAAUGCCCACUGAUGAGAAGCCAAUGAAAAUUUUGCUCCCAGCUUACCACGAAAAUUUUGUAAGGCAUAUCCGCGAGGAGAACUCAAAUGAGAUGGGAAAAGAGGGUUUAUGUUUAGGAAAGGGAAAAGACGGUUUAUGCUCAGGAAAGAUAUAUGACGGUUUGAGUAUUGAUCUUUUCUGUUGCGUGCUAUCUAAAUUGAAUUAUUCCUUGCCACAUGAAUUUGACAAGGCCAAUGGCACUUACAAUGAUACGGUAGAACUAGUCUAUAGCAAGACUUACGAUGCUGUGAUUGGCGAUACAACUGUACUUGAGUCGCGAAUUGACAAAGUGGAUUUCACUCAACCAUAUCUGGAGUCUGGUUUGUCAAUGAUAGUUCCAGAUAUACCUGAUGACAGGCAAGGAUGGAUGUUUUUGAAACCUUUCUCAUGGAAAACGUGGGUGGUGACUGGUGGCAUCUUAAUCUAUACGACCUUAGUAGUAUGGUUCCUUGAGGUGCCAACAAAUCCAGACUUCAGUGGCUCAUUUAAGAGUCAGAUUGCCUUUGCAACUUGGUUCACCUUCUCAUCUUUGUUCUUUGCUCACAGAGAAAAAGUCUACAGCAACUUGACUAGAGUAGUUUUUGUAGUGUGGCUGUUUGUUGUAUUGAUCUUAAGCUCAAGCUACACAGCUAAUCUGUCUUCAAUGCUUACCAUCCAACGACUGAGCCCGAAUGUAACUGACAUUGAAAUGUUGAGGAACACCAACUCAUUAGUUGGUUGCGAUAGCGAUUCAUUUGUAGGGAAUUACCUAGUGAAUGUUCUUAAUUUCAAUCAAGAGACUGUCAAGCUAAUAGAUAGCAGCUACGAACCGGCAGAAAUCAGAAGUAAAAAAUUAUCUGCUGUAUUUCUUGAAUUGCCGUAUGGGCAAGUAUUUAUGGACAAGAAUAAGGGCUUUACUCUCACCAAAGCCACCUACAGUUUUGGAGGCUUUAGCUUUGUAUUUCAGAAAGGCUCUCCAAUAGCUAGGGAUUUCUCUAAGGUCAUUCUAGAUCUACUGGAGAAUGGGGAAAUGAGAAAACUUCAAGAUCACUGGUUGACUCCGAAGAAACGUUCAACCAAUACAACUUCCGAUACAACCAAUACAACUUCCGAUAUGCCAGAAAGCUUGCGCCUCAAGAGCUUUUGGGGUCUCUUUGUAAUAUCCGGGGCUACUUCCACCUUCUGUUGUAUAAUAUCUCUUACUAUCUGGCUAAAGAAGUUAUAUCGUGGGAUUCGUGGCAAUGUUUAAAACUUAACAAGCUUUGUAUUAGACAAGAAUAAUUUAGGUAAGUUUCUUAUUAAGAACAUGCCAGAUUUAGCCAUGUGACUGUUAAGGAGUAAGACAUCAUCUAUUGUAUCAUUACUAAUUUCUCGGGCAAUAUGUAUGGUAACUUGUAAGUGCUUCUCUGUUUGGUUGUAAUGAUUUGCAUUUCAGUUUGUAAGAUAACUAUAUGCGUUUCAAACUUUGAA